UGAUGGCAUUUAGGGCUCAAGUGGAUAAUCCAGGGCAAUCUCCCCAUCUCAGGAUCCUUAACUUAGUCACAUAUUCAAAUGUUGUACUUCCAAAUAAGGUAACAUUUACAAGGUUUCAAGGAUUAGGGCCUGAUGUUUUUGGGGCCACCAUUCAGUCCACUGUAGUCCUUAUGCUUGAUUUUUUAUUCACUGUACAAUUAUAUUGACUGUAUAAUUUGGCCUUGAGUCUGAUGACAUAAGGGACAUAAGAGUGAUUUGAAAGAUGUGACAAAACUAGCACGAAAUUAUAACAGAUGACCUGUCAAAUCCCAUUAAAAUUAGUUACGAGUUAAUGUAAUGGGUAAAGAGAAAGCAAGGCCUUUAAAACAUUAAGUUUUCACCAACUUCCCAGGAGAAGAAACAGGCCUGUUUCUUCACUUCCAGAUGAAGAAAGUACAAGCUUUGCAAACCCUGCCGCUAUGACAUGUGCGGAUCUUGGGCCCUGAAGAUCUCACAGGACUCAGGUCGGCAGUUCUGCUUCUCCCUCCUCCACCUCUCAUCCUGUCCCCAGGGUGCUGUAGGCAAGUGUUCUGCAAAGUGUUGAAUGAGGAACUUAUGCCACUGACCAGAAGUGAAAAAGGGCAGGGACUGUGUGUUUUUCAAUUAAAUAAAACAACAGGAAGUAAGUGUUAAGUUCAACAUGACAUGUUCACACUACUGUUUAGAAGAAAAUCUCUACAGUCAGGUGUGCCAGAGCAGAGUUGAUUUCCAAAAGGAGUUCGUUCCAUAACUGUCCUUUCUCGGGAACCACGAAAAUGGUGCAUGGGCUGAUAUUAUCCUCUGGUCUAGAAAUCAGACUUGGCUUCCUGCCCCAGCUAUGCCCCUUCUCGUGUGAUUUCACUCGCAAAAGCUGACCUAAGCGCCGGUGUCCUUACCUGGGGCAGAUGUACUACAGGCUCCUUAAAGGCAGGACUCACUCUUAUUUUCCUGUGUGAAGCUUUGAGCACAUUGCCUGACAUACAGAAGACCCUCCAUAAACAUUCAUUUACUGAUUUACUUAAACUGAAUGUCUGCCUUACCUGACUCACUUACUCAAAGCGGUACUUGGCACGCUGCCUCUGACGAUAACUCCGAAACUCCACACACACACACACACACACACACACACACACACACACACAGAAGGCAUCCAGGUUGCUGCGUAUGUCAUUGCUCUUGCACUAAAGCACUUUGCAAGGUUCCUUCCAGCCGUUCUGAUACUUUCAUCCCUUUUAAAAUUAGCCUCAGAGACUGCACAUCUGCACUGGAAAUGGGUAGAAGGAGGUCUCCGUUAUUCAUGCUCAUUUCAGAGGCUGUGCCCUAAGGCGGGGAACUGUCUGCAAACCUUGCUGCUCAUCAUCAGGCGGGAAAGACGUUUGGAAUUAUCUACUUCAACAUCCUCCCUUUACAGAUAAGAAAAUAGCUGUCCAAUGUCACGUGGCUGGUUAGCAGCAACGAACCCAGGCAGCUAGAACCCCCUUGGACUUCCAGUCCACUGCUUUCUUCAUUGCAUUAUGCUCUCUCUUUAAUCCAGCGUCUUCACUGGCCUGGUAAAAUGGGCCAGUGCCACUACCUACCUCACAGCUAAGUGUUCCAAGCUGCCAAAGGGAACAGUGUGGAGCCCCUGUGAGGAACGCUGGCCUCCGCCACCCAUGACCGGAGCAGCGGCGCACCCGCCCGGCCGGCUCCCGAAGGUGGGCCUUCCUCAGUCCACGGCCAGGCGCUCUGGGCAGGCGUGGGGACGCCACGCACACGCCCACGCCCACGCAGCGCGCCACAGGCCUACGUCACCAGCGCCGGCGCGCGCCUUGACGUCCGGGACUACGAGCGCCAUCUUGCUCGCUCACUCGCUCGGAAUCCACGACUGAGUGAGAGUCCCGGAGCCGAGCGUGUGGAAGGUGCUGCCGCUGCCAUGCCGUCCUUACCGCUGCAGGUGGCGGUGGUGUGCUCCAGCAACCAGAACCGGAGCAUGGAGGCGCACCACAUCCUCAGCAAACGCGGAUUCAGUGUCCGGUCCUUCGGGACAGGCACUAACGUGAAGCUUCCGGGGCCAGCACCGGACAAGCCAAAUAUUUAUGAUUUCAGUACUACGUACGAUCAGAUGUACAAUGAUCUCCUGAAGAAAGACAAAGAACUGUACACGCAGAAUGGGAUUUUGCACAUGCUGGACCGAAACAAGCGGAUCAAGCCCCGCCCGGAAAGGUUCCAGAACUGCAAAGACCUGUUCGACCUGAUCGUGACCUGUGAGGAGAGAGUGUACGACCAGGUGGUGGAAGAUCUGAAUUCCAGAGAGCAGGAGACCUGCCAGCCAGUGCACGUGAUCAACGUGGACAUCCAGGACAACCACGAAGAGGCCACCCUGGGGGCGUUCCUCAUCUGUGAGCUGUGCCAGUGCCUUCAGCACACGGAGGACCUGGACAAUGAGAUCGAUGAGCUGUUGCUGGAGUUCGAGGAGAAGAGCGGCAGGGCCUUCCUGCACACCGUGUGCUUCUACUGACCGGGGCCCCGCAGGCGCGCCGGCCACCUGAGCCGUCGUUUUGUUCUUCCUGUCGUUAGUACUUUUGCUUCCUGAGAUUCGUGUCUACUUGUAGGGCUUCGGCCGAUGGACAGUAGCGUUAAA